CACGAUUUUAGUUGGGCAAUUCCUCAACAGGCGGUGGACAUGCAAGGGAAAAUAAAAUCCAACCAAAUUCUCAACUCACCCUACCAUCUUUAUUCUUUGGUGAAAACCCCCUCAUUUUUCAAUUGCCAAGCUGCGGACAAUUCUCCCUGACUCAUUUCGCCAAUCAUUUCCAUGUCCCAAAACCUUCCAUCGGAGAUCCACCACGUUACUGUCGCCGAGCCCGCCGCCGUCGAUUCACAUCUUCCCUCCAGAUCUGAAGGAAUCGUAUCCGCGAUCCUUUCGUCGACCCUCCGGCCGCCGCCGCUCAAUCCGCAAUCGCUGGCGCCGCGGCCUAUCUGCUCAUCCGAAGUAUCUGACGUUUGUUUCCAGACUCUGUCGAAUUCUUCGAUCUGUUGCCACAUUCAUUAGGUAAGUUUGAUUCUGGCUCCCUCUCCUAUGAACUGGUGAUAAUAGAAGGAAACGAGAUUCGAAUGGGUGAGCAGUAACGUGUAAUUGAGUAUGUUUGCAGGGGAGUUGAAUGUAGGUUCUGGAAUAAGCUUUUCUACAAUACUCCUUAGCUAUUAUGUUAAUUCUGACUGAUCGCAGACUGGUCUUUCUUCCCAUGGCGAUAUUCAUCAUCUUAGUUACCAGAACGUCUCUAGACAUCCGUGGUUGACGGAAAAGUCUAAUAAGUUAACUUGUAUGUUAGUUGCACUGUAAACCUUACUUAGCUGAAGUAUGCAAUCCUUUCUCUGGAGAUCCAGCUCCCCUGUUUCAGUUAUAGAUUUUGACUCCAUCUGGCUUCAAACUUACUAAGCAGAGGAAUGGGCGCUGAAAAUGGGGAUGAAGCAUCCGUUAUGGCGACACUUCUUCCACUUGCUUCCGCCUCUCAGCAGCCUUACGUAUCUGAACUUCUAUCCUUUACUCUGGAUCGUCUCCACAAAGAACCUGAGUUACUUAGGGUUGAUGCUGAGCGAAUAGAGAGGCAAAUGCAGGAGGUGGCGGUGGGGAACUACCACGCCUUCAUUGUCGCCACUGAUGCUUUAAAUGCGAUUAGAGAAGAAGUGUCCAAUGUGGAUAAGCUUCUGGAAUCACUAAUUUCUGAAAUCCCUGAAUUAAUAUCUGGCUGCACUGAGUUCAUUGAAUCCGCAGAAGAGGUCCUGGAGAAGCGAAAGAUGAACCAAACAUUGCUCUCAAACCAUAGUACAUUGCUCGAUUUGCUUGAAAUUCCACAACUUAUGGACACGUGUGUAAGGAACGGUAAUUAUGAUGAAGCUCUUGACUUAGAAGCAUAUGUUGGCAAACUUGCAACAAUCCAUCCCAAAUUGCCUGUCAUCCAGGCUCUAGCUGGUGAAGUUAGACAGACAACCCAGUCUCUUCUGGCUCAGCUUCUCCAGAAACUUUGUUCUAAUGUUCAGCUGCCAGAGUGCCUCCGCAUUAUUGGCUACUUGCGUCGAAUAGGAGUGUUCUGUGAGUAUGAAUUGCGCCUGCAGUUUCUGAGAUGUCGGGAGGCAUGGCUUACAGGUAUUCUUGAAGAUCUGGACCAAAGGAAUGCUUAUGAGUUCUUGAAGGGAGUGAUAAACUGCCACAGAAUGCAUCUCUUUGAUGUUGUAAACCAAUACCGAGCAAUAUUUGCUGAUGAUACAUCAGGAAGUGAAGAAAACUCUGACGGUGGACUUCUUUUUAGUUGGGUCAUGCAUCAGAUCACUUCACACCUUAAAACUCUCAAAAUAAUGCUCCCAAAGAUAACUGAGGGUGGACCUCUUUCAAAUAUUCUGGACCAGUGCAUGUACUGUGCAAUGGGACUGGGUGGUGUAGGGCUGGAUUUUCGAGGCUUGCUUCCACCUCUAUUUGAACAGGCGGUUCUCAAUUUAUUCUCAAAGAACAUGGGUACAGCAGUUGAAAAUUUUCAGUUGGUUUUAGAUUCACAUCGCUGGGUGCCACUGCCAGCAGUUGGCUUUCCAGCUAGUAAUAUUGGUGAAGAGACCCAAGAUGACAUAUCCCCACCGCCUUAUCUAAUGGAGCAUCCACCUCUAGCAGUGUUUGUUAAUGGUGUAUCCGCGGCAAUGAACGAGCUACGCCCAUGUGCUCCACUAAGUCUGAAACAUCUGCUUGGUGUAGAAUUAAUCAAGGGAUUGCAAGCUGUUGCAGACUCUCUGUUAAGGUACAACGCCACUAGGAUGCUCAGAGAAACUGAGUCUGCACUUUUCCUCUCACUCUGCAGAGCAUUCAUAGAGAUCGCUCUUCCACAUUGUGCUGCAUGCUUUGGCCGCUGUUACCCAGGAGGGGCUGCUUUUGUUAUGGAUGCCAAGAAUUUACUAGAUGGGGUAAGCCGCCUAUUAGCGACUGCUUCCUCCAGGGAGCUCCCAAAACCAGCGAAAAACUCAGUGAAGGCUGCAACGGAAAAUGGUGAUACCCCUGCUGUCCAAAAUGGGACGACAUCUUCUGAUGGAGAACAGAGGAAUGAAAUGGAUGGAGCGAAUGUGAUUAACUUGCCGACGGAUGAAAGCAAGGUGGACGCACCUAGUAAAGCCGCCUGAUUUCGGAUUUAUUCUUCAGUGCCCAUUGUUAGGCUGUUGGAUGCUUGAGGGUUGUGGUCUGUAUAGGCUUUUGUAACGCUGUAGAUAGGGAACUCUCUUUUAGUUGUCACAAUAAAGAAAUUUCAAUUGAGGAACUGGGAACUGGGGAACUCCAUUGGUUGGGUGUUUUACAUCAGAGAGUCUGCUGACCAAAGUGCAAUGUGUCAAUUUUACCGAUCACAGGGGCAAUUAGAUUGAUUACCACUUUACCAGACAUUGGUUUAUUUGAUAGGCAGCUGUAUCCUUUAGGUGCUGCACAAUUGCUUACUUAUUUUUUUCCAG